AUGGCUGCCCGUCGAACGUCAAACGCGGUAUGCAAUGCCACGCCUGCAAGGCCUGGUGAACGACAGCCACUGACCGACAAGAACAAAACCGACCCGGGAAACUUUGGCAAAAGCCUCGAUCCUGUGUAUCAAUCCGUGAAUCCUGCUACACCCUUUUUUCACUUGUGCCUUUCAGGUGAACGACAGCCACUGACCGACAAGAACAAAACCGACCCGGGAAACUUGGGCAAAAGCCUCGAUCCUGUGUAUCAAUCCGUGAAUCCGUGA